AUGUCUUGGCUCGGAGUCACCCCCCUAAAGAAGUUCCCGGCGCCCGUCCUGAAGCCGAUGGCCCCGUUCUUCGCUGCCGGUCUCGUCAUCGCCUACGGCAUCAAUGCCGCACAAAACGCGUCUAUGAAGAGCGAUGAGUUCAAGAACGACCCCAGGAACCCCCUCGCCAAGGCUGGUGUUCCUUGA